UUUGUAACACUUUCUAUGAUGUUAAUGAGACCUCAGAUUGCAGAAGGUUUUUAGAAAUCAUUCUUGUAAUGUCAUAUAAUAACAAAGAUACAACAUUUUGCCUGCAACAAGCUGUCAGGAUUUCUGCCCAUUUGUGAUCUCACGAAUAUACAAUACUUAGACCCUUGACCCAAUUUUAAACGUAAACAUUCUAAAUGUGUCCCAGUUUAUUCCUGGUAUGUGAAUGUCACAUGGACCCAAGCUAUUGCCUAGCAACACAAUUUUAUUGUGAUUCCAUUAAAAUGCAAAUUGAUUUUUUCUUAUAGAUGAGAACAAUGAUCUCACCAAAUUUCAUCAAGAGCUUUUUCGAAACUCUGGCAAGCGUUUGGGGGCGCUAUGGAGCCCGCUGGCCACGCCCAAGCCCAAUCACUCCAAACUCCAGCCACUUUGGCGAAAGGCGCUUUUUCGCCGCCACGCCACGGCAACAUAGUUUCAUAAAAACUGAAGCUUUUAGCAACCUUUUAUCACAAAGAUCUUAAGAUAAUACCGACCACUGCUCAGGCCCUAAUAUUAAUUCUACAUAAACAUUUUUCACCAUUUUCUGACAUUUUACAGACCAAACAACUAAUCGAUUAAUCAAAAUAAUCAACAGAUUAAUCAACAAAGAAAAUGAUCAUUGGUUGCAGCCCUAAACUCAAGGUUCAUUUAACAUUCCAGAAAACUCCAUUUGCUGAUGAAGACCAUGAGAUGUGGUUGAAAGCUCAUGAAAAAGCUAAAAAGUGGACCUUGAGUUCAGAUUAUUUUGUCAAAUUACUGAACCCAAAUUCAAGAAUUGAUUUUUAUUUUUUAUUAAAUUUAAAUGGUGCUGCAUUUACAACACGUAACUGGUAAUUUAAUUCACCUAAUCCAGUUUGUUGGAAAUGUGCCAAUCAAUUGUGUGUGGUCUCCCAGGCGUCAAUGGCUUGAAUCAGCUGGUGGAAGAUAUCAUCUCAUCUUUAGUAACCUGACACUGAGGCACAUGAGUGGCAUGUGCAUGCCAAGAGAGGCCUGUGAAAUAUUCAUGAGUAGAAAGGCCAAGAGCACAGUGCACACUGAGCCGCCGUAACAGGUGCACAGGUGCAGAGCUAUGGGGACUGUUGAGGAAGCUUUAAAGUGUCCCGUCUGCCAGGACGUCUUCACAGGUCCUGUGACGCUGCCGUGCGGACAUGACUUCUGUCUCACCUGUAUCCAGGCUGUCUGGGAAACAGAUGGGUCUGGUGCGGGUCCUCUCUUCUGUCCAGAGUGUCAGAUAUUCCUCCCCUCUGACCUCACUUUGGAGAUAAACACCAACCUUCAGACCAAAGUAAAGGACUUCAUCACUAGCAGGCUGUCAACAGCAGAGCUACGGACACCAUGCAGAGCAACCAAGUCAUCCUCAACUAUCCACUGUGACCACUGCAUAGAGACGCCAUCGGUGGCCAUCAGGACCUGUCUGACCUGUGACGCCUCACUGUGCGAGGCUCACGCCCAGCUGCACCAGCGGAGGUCCGCUCUGAGGGAGCACACCGUGGUGGAGGUGACGGGGGAUCCGCUGUCUCUGAAGUGCAGGGAGCACCGUGAUGAGCUCAAGCUCUUCUGUAUGGAGGAGCGGGUCCCUGUGUGCUGUCUGUGUGUCCUGGUUGGCACUCACAAGAACCAUAAAGCAUUUCAACUCCAUGAAGCCUGUGCCGACUUCAAGAGCAUGUUAGAGACCACCAUGAACCAACUGCUGAAGAGGAGAAGUGAAGCAGAACAUGCCAUCAGGGACUUGGAGUCAUUGUAUACCCAAACAGUGACUGAGGUAACGUGAAAACCGUGGUAACGCCUUUCGCCUCGCUCAGAGGCCAUCCUUAC